AUGGGAGCUCCUAAGCCUCGCCCUUCCGGAAGAGCUACAGCCGCGAAAACCCCUACCUUGCCAGCAAAGACCUUCAUAAUCGACAAUGGCGCGUAUACGAUGAAAGCCGGACACGCCCCAGAGGCCCCUACCGCAAUAGAUGAGAUGAAUUCGCUCUCGCGAUGUAGCGUCAUCCCUAACGCGCUCUUCAAAACUCGUGGGAACCGUGUUUAUGUCGGCUCUGAGCUCAACACGCAUGUAGCGGAUGGCAAUGAGUUGAUGUUUCGGCGUCCAGUGGAAAAAGGGUAUAUUGUCAACUGGGAAGCUCAGAAGGAAAUUUGGGAGCACUCAUUUUUUGAUGAAAAAACCGUACGAUCUAAAGACUUACGUAUUACGAGCCCGGAGGAGACAACGCUUUUGCUCACGGAAGCCCCGAAUGCUUUGCCGGCGCUGCAGAAGAAUGCAGAUGAAAUUGUGAUGGAGGAGUGGGGGUUUGGUGGCUAUUAUAGAUGCAUGGGCCCUACCCUGAAUGCCUGGAACGAGAUACAAUCUCUCUUCGGGGAUCCCAUCAUACGGAACGCCGACUCCGUCGUGUCCCCCGCCGAAUGCCUGCUGGUUGUCGACUCUGGCUAUUCCCAUACUACCGUGACCCCUGUCUACAAAGGCCAACCUAUCCAGCGCGGGAUCAGAAGAAUCGACCUCGGGGGAAAACAUCUUACGAAUUACCUUAAAGAAAUGGUAUCCAUGCGACAGUAUAACAUGGUGGACGAAACAUACAUUAUGAAUGAAGUCAAAGAGGCUGUCUGUUUUGUGAGUGAUGAUUUUGCUCGGGACAUGGAACGGACGUGGAAAGGCAAUCGAAAGCGUGGGCAAGCGGACCCUAGCGAAGGUAUCACGGUGGAUUAUGUUCUCCCUGAUCCGAAUGCGCGCAAGAAAGGAUUUAUGCGACCACACGACCCGAUGUUGAACGCAAAGAAGAGAAAAGGCGCUCUUGCUGGUGGCAGUGCGGACACGAUAUCGGAAGAUUUCUUGGUCCUGGGCAAUGAGCGCUUCACUGUCCCUGAGGUCCUGUUCACACCGAGUGACAUUGGCAUGAAACAAGCUGGGAUUCCGGAUAUGAUCAUGCAGAGCCUGUCUGUGCUGCCACCGGGGCUGCAUCCUGCUUUUUUAGCGAAUGUCCUGGUUGUUGGCGGGAAUUCACUACUCCCAGGUUUUAUGGGCCGACUCCCCAUCCGCUAUACAUGGCUCGGCGGUUCCCGGUUAGCUACUAACCGAGAGGAGCUGAAAAAAUUCGCCAUCACUCGCCAGGAAUAUCAAGAAAAUGGAUCUUCAUGGGUGGGAAGAAAGUUCUCGGGGACUUUAUAA